AAGAAAACUAACUUUUGGAUACAGUUGAAAAACCCAACCUUUUGUGAAUUGCGACAAUGAGAUCAAAAGGUCAAAGGAUGCAUUAAUUGAAGGUGAAGUGAAUUUGGAAUAUGGCAUAUGGUGAUGGCAGUUAGUCCACUUGGACGAAAAAAUAGGAGGUCUCAUCACGUCAUCUGAGGUUAUCUUUUUUAGCAGCCUUUCUCUGAUUCUUUUCUUGAUUUUUAUAUUGCCAAUUUUAAAAGAAGCAUAGAAAGGAAAAUCUGAACGCAUGUGGUAUGGAUUGCAUCUGAUCGAUGCCACCGCAUCAUACAUGUCAGUGUCAUUGAACCCAAGGGCAAUGCCACCUAACAAGAAUAGUCAAAGAAAGUGAUUUCUUAAUCAUAGUCAUUGAAAUCUGCAACAGUGGAUUGGGAGAAACCAUCCGCAUUCUGACUGAGCUCCCAACCAGGCAUUCUUUUUCUGGGCAUCUCUUCAAGUGAGUCACAGUUGAAAGAAAGGUGUAUAAAACUAUGCUUCCAUGUUGGUAGAUCAUAAUGGGUGCCCUUCCAACUCUUUUGCUUGUUUUCUCCAUCUUUAGAAUCUCCAUUGCAGUGGACACCAUAGCUUUGAAUCAAGUCGUUAGAGAUGGUGAGAUCCUCACUUCCGCUGGUGGGAGCUUUGAACUGGGAUUCUUCAGCCCGGAUGAUUCAAACAGACGGUACUUGGGGAUAUGGUACAAGAAAGUGUCUACCAUGACUGUGGUCUGGGUUGCCAACAGGGAAAUUCCACUCAAUGAUUCAUCAGGAGUUUUGAAGGUUACUGAUCAGGGUACUCUUGCCAUUCUCAAUGGUUCCAAUACUAAUUUCAUUCUCUGGUCUUCUAAUUCAUCACGAUCUGCACGAAAUCCGACUGCCCAGCUUUUGGAUUCUGGAAAUCUUGUUAUGAAAGAUGGAAAUGACGACAACCCAGAAAAUUUCUUAUGGCAGAGCUUCGAUUAUCCAUGCAAUACUCUUCUCCCAGGGAUGAAGCUUGGAAGAAACACAGUCACUGGCCUGGACCGGUACCUGUCAGCAUGGAAGAGCGUCGAUGACCCUUCUAAAGGUAAUUUCACAUACCGGCUUGAUCCUAGUGGGUAUCCCCAGCUAAUUCUGAGGAAAGGAUCAGCUGUGACAUUUCGAUCUGGGCCGUGGAAUGGUCUCCGGUUUAGCGGCUUUCCCGAAUUAGGGCGCAACCCUGUUUAUACCUACGAGUUUGUUUUUAAUGAAAAGGAGAUGUAUUUUCGUUAUGAACUUGUUAACAGCUCAGUUGUUUCAAGGUUGGUGCUGAAUCCUGAUGGCUCCAAGCAGCGUGUUAAUUGGAUUGAUCGAACCCAUGGUUGGAUCCUAUACUCAUCCGCCCCAAUGGAUAGCUGUGACAGUUAUGCGUUAUGUGGUGUGUAUGGAAGCUGCAACAUUAACCGAUCUCCAAAAUGUGAGUGUAUGGAAGGGUUUGUGCCAAAAUUCCCAAAUGAUUGGGACAUGGCAGAUUGGUCUAAUGGAUGUGUUCGGAGUACUCCACUGGGUUGUCAGAAUGGUGAAGGUUUUGUGAAGUUCUCUGGUGUGAAACUGCCAGACACACGGAACUCCUGGUUUAAUAGAAGCAUGGACCUUAAGGAAUGUGCGGCAGUGUGCUUGAGUAACUGCUCUUGCACCGCUUAUACAAAUUUGGACAUAAGAGAUGGAGGAAGUGGAUGCUUACUCUGGUUUGGUGACUUGAUUGAUAUCAGAGAGUUCAAUGAAAAUGGACAGGAGCUUUAUGUAAGGAUGGCUGCCUCAGAAUUAGGGAGGAGUGGCAACUUCAAAGGGAAGAAACGAGAGUGGGUCAUUGUUGGCUCGGUGUCAAGUUUGGGAAUAAUACUCCUUUGUCUACUCUUGACCUUGUAUCUUCUGAAGAAGAAAAAGCUAAGGAAAAAAGGGACAAUGGGAUACAAUUUAGAGGGAGGACAGAAGGAGGAUGUAGAGUUACCAUUAUUUGACUUUGCUACAAUAUCAAAAGCCACCAAUCACUUUUCAAUCUAUAAUAAGCUCGGAGAGGGUGGUUUUGGACUUGUGUACAAGGGUACGUUGCAAGAGGAACAAGAAAUAGCUGUGAAAAGGCUGUCAAAAAAUUCUGGUCAAGGACUUAAUGAGUUCAAAAAUGAAGUUAUAUACAUCUCCAAACUUCAACACCGAAAUCUUGUGAGGCUUCUUGGAGGUUGCAUUCAUGAUGAAGAAAAGAUGUUGAUCUAUGAGUACAUGCCUAACAAAAGCUUGGAUUCCUUCAUUUUUGAUAAAACACGAAGCAUGGAACUGGAUUGGAAUAAGCGCUUCUUGAUUAUCAAUGGGAUUGCUCGAGGCCUUCUUUAUCUUCAUCAAGAUUCCAGACUCAGGAUCAUCCAUAGAGAUCUAAAAGCAGACAAUGUUCUGCUAGAUGAAGAGAUGAUCCCAAAAAUUUCAGAUUUUGGCAUAGCUAGAAGUUUUGGAGGAAACGAAACUGAAGCAAAUACAAAAAGAGUGGUUGGAACAUAUGGUUACAUGUCCCCAGAAUAUGCAAUUGAUGGACUAUACUCAACAAAGUCGGAUGUUUUUAGCUUUGGUGUGCUGGUGCUAGAGAUUGUGAGUGGGAAGAGAAACAGAGGAUUUUCUCACCCAGACCACUCCCUUAACCUUCUUGGGCAUGCCUGGACACUGUACAUGGAAGGCAGGUCAAUGGAGCUGAUUGAUUCAUCUGUUGGGGACAUACAUGAUCUGUCACAAGUGUUACGUUUGAUCAAUGUGGGACUAUUAUGUGUACAGUGUGGUCCAGAUGAGCGACCAAGCAUGUCUUCAGUGGUUCUGAUGCUGAGUAGUGACAGUACACUGCCUCAGCCUAAAGAGCCUGGCUUUUUCACUGGAAGGGGAUCAACUUCCUCCUCAGGCAAUCAGGGGCCAUUUUCAGGCAAUGGGAUCACCAUUACAAUGUUCGAUGGUCGAUAAAGACAUUCAUGUUGAUGUUCAUUGUCUAAAGACCCGGUCUUCAGGCGAUUCAAUAGGUUUAUCCAAAUUUUCGUUAGAUUUAGAAUUGAAGACUUGGGAAUCUGUAUAGAGGCUAGGUACUUGUUUUAUAUAUAUGUAUCCCAGAGGGUAGUCUCAUCUACAAGAUUUGAGGCCGUCUUCUCUGAGGACAACUGGGGGAUUGAUUAUGUCCUGUACAUUAUACAAAUAAAACUAUUGAAGUCAAGAUACUCAAGCCUCAAUGUACACUACAUAUGUUGAAAGAAAAGGAUUGAUUGUUUAUAUUAAUAAAAUUAUGGAGCUGUGGUCAAUGGUCUGAAAGCUACGUUAAUUCAGAA